AUGAACGCGGUCAGUAUUGGGGAGUACCAUGGGCUACGGGUGGGUUCGGCGCUGCUUAGCAUAGUAGCAGGUUGCAUCAUCAUUGGCGUGUCAAAGGACUGUGAUGCAGAUGCUGUUGGGGGCAUCUUUCUGGGGGCAGGCGGACUUGGCCUUCUCAUUUCAGUCUACCCGUUUAUAAGAGCAUGGUUUAAUUUCCACCACAUACUACCCAAUAUAGGUAGCUUCAGAGUGCACCCAAUGACUACAAACUCAAAUCCAGCCCCAGAACAGCCCGUGGCUACACUCACACGAGAAGGGACUCAAAGCCAGCUGAACGUAGAGCGUUCGAAGAGCCGGAUGGGGACGUUUGUGGAGACCAUCCCAACAGCAGCUGAGGGCUCACAGGAUGAUGGGCCUUCUACAGAUAUUCCAGAUAUCCUGGGCAGGCGAAAGUUUAAAUCUUCUGAUCAAGAUCCCUAA